UCUUCUUGGUCUGUCUCACAGUCUUCUUGGUCUGUCUCACAGUCUUCUUGGUCUGUCUCACAUUCUUCUUGGUCUGUCUCACAGUCUUCUUGGUCUGUCUCACAUUCUUCUUGGCCUGUCUCACUGUCUUCUUGGUCUGUCUUACAGUCUUCUUGGUCUGUCUUACAGUCUUCUUGGCCUGUCUCACAGUCUUCUUGGUCUGUCUCACAGUCUUCUUGGCCUGUCUCACAUUCUUCUUGGUCUGUCUCACAGUCUUCUUGGUCUGUCUCACAUUCUUCUUGGCCUGUCUCACUGUCUUCUUGGUCUGUCUCACAGUCUUCUUGGUCUGUCUCACAGUCUUCUUGGCCUGUCUCACAGUCUUCUUGGCCUGUCUCACAUUCUUCUUGGUCUGUCUCACAGUCUUCUUGGUCUGUCUCACUGUCUUCUUGGUCUGUCUCACAGUCUUCUUGGCCUGUCUCACAGUCUUCUUGGCCUGUCUUCUUG